CGCAGACGGGAGCGGGACGACAGAGCCCGCUUCAGAUGGAGGCGGCGGGACAGGCACAAGCGGCAGUUGGGCUUGCCCCUGAGGGUGUUGGCGCGCAUGCGUGGAGCUGGACCGUGGGGUGCCCCGGGGGGCGCGGGAUGGGCCCGGCUGCGUGUGGGCGGAAGGGCCGGCGGCGACGUUUGCCCUCUCGGCCGCACUCGGAAUUCCCGGCGAAGCCCGCCUGCCGUGGCGGCUUCUACAGGUUGCAGGGAGUGCUGGCGGGAAAUGGGGACACUGAGCUUUGUCUGGGGUCAGAGCCUCACAAAAAGAAGAGAAAGCACUCCUCCGAUGAGUUCUGCCACAGAGGUGUUUCGCCUUUGGAUCUACCAUCAAAGAAGAAGAAAAAAGCAGUUUCUAGCCCAUCCUCAGCUGAUACAACCAUGGAUUUACUCAAGGCUAUCACCUCACCUUUGGCCACAAGCUCAAAGUCUUCAAAGAAGACCUCUGAAAAAUCGUCUUACUCCUCCUCUGGCCACUCUGAAAGCAAAAAGGAGCACCACAAGAAGAAGCUGAGUAGCAGCAGUGGAGAGCACUCAGUGGACGAUGGCAGCUUCCACAAAUCUAAGAAAAUGAAACCUCUCUAUGUGAACACAGAGACCCUUACUCUCCGGGAACCUGAUGGCUUGAAGAUGAAGCUCAUCCUGUCACCAAAAGAGAAAAGUAGUGCAGAUGAUGAUUCUUUCUCCUACUCUUCAGCACCAUCAGCUGCAAAGAAAUCUUCAAAGAAAUCAGCUCGAGAUGAACAAGGCCCUGUCCUGCUAGGUCAUGAACUGCAGAGCUUCCUGAAGUCAUCCCGGAAGAAGCACAAAUCACCUUCAGACUCGCAUCCACCUUCUGAGAGUUUUGGUGCUGACACUUCCCUUUUUUCAGAGGGCCAUGGGAGCGAGUAUGAGGUUUCGGGUAUGGAGGCACCACCAGAUUCUGGUUCAUCUUCUGGUGGGGAGUUAGAGGCUGGAGAGCUAGUGAUAGAUGACUCCUACCGGGAAAUCAAGAAGAAGAAGAAGUCAAAGAAAAGUAAGAAAAAAAAAGACAAGGAGAAACACAGAGAGAAGAAGCACUCUAAAUCUAAAAAGAGUUCUGGACAUGGUCCUGUGGCAGUAGCAGAAGUAACAGUGUCACCACCACCUCCAUCCAGCACCCCCUAUGUUCUUCCUCCAGCUCCUCCUACUGUUUUUCAUUCAGAUGGUCAAGGUGAAAAGAGGAGGAAAAAGGAAGACAAGGAGAAGGACAAAGCUGAGAAAUGGGAAAAGGAAAAGGAAAGAGAAAGGGAAAAAGAAAGAGAAAAAGAAAAGGAAAGAGAAAAGGAAAAGGAAAAAGAAAAGGAAAGAGAAAAAGAGAAGGAAAGAGAAAAAGAGAAGGAAAGAGAAAAGGAAAAGGAAAGAGAAAAGGAAAGAGAAAGAGAAAAAGAAAAGGAAAGAGAAAAGGAAAGAGAAAGAGAAAAACCAAAGAAGAAAAACAUGUCUGCCUAUCAAGUGUUCUGCAAAGAAUAUCGUACAACUAUUGUGUCUGAACACCCUGGAAUAGAUUUUGGAGAGCUAAGUAAAAAACUGGCAGAAGUGUGGAAGCAGCUACCUGAGAAGGAUAAACUGAUCUGGAAACAGAAAGCUCAGUAUCUCCAACACAAGCAGAAUAAAGCAGAGGCCACCACUGUGAAGAGGAAGGCCUCAUCUUCUUCAGAUGGUGCACCAAAAAUAAAAGCUUCUCCAACAGGAGUGAUUUCCCCUCAUAAGAAAUCUCCCACCAGUACCGUGGUGGUGUCUUCCUCACCAGCCAAAGUCCCUGAGACAGAUCCUAUUGAUGUAGCUGCACACUUACAGCUGCUGGGUGAAUCUCUGAGCCUCAUUGGACACAGACUGCAGGAAACAGAAGGCAUGGUGGCUGUUUCAGGAAGUUUGUCAGUACUUCUAGAUUCAAUCAUCUGUGCUUUGGGCCCAUUGGCAUGUCUGACCACACAACUACCUGAGUUGAAUGGCUGCCCUAAGCACGUUUUGUCAAACACACUAGACAACAUCGCCUACAUCAUGCCUGGACUUUGAUGGGAAAGGAUCCUGGGAUGUACUUAACCUCUGCGUAACUGACUUCUGUACAUAUGCACUACACCGGCACUCCUGAAAGGCUCCGUGUGUAGGGUUUUAAAGUUUUAUAUCUUCAUGGUAUAUACAUAGGAUUAUAACUAUUUGACUUCUCUUUUAUGAAAAGUUGUGAAGUUAAGCUGAGCAAACCCUUUUGUGUUUGUGAGUGGAAUGUCCUCCCAUCUGAAAGUAUUUUGUAUGAAGCAUUCAGAAAGCUUUUGAGAUACUUGCCUUAAAUUCAGAUCCUUUAGUGGGGGAAGCAGCCAGAGAAUGGACUUCUUGAUGAAAAGAAAAAAAACAUCACCAUGAAAACAGAUCAUUGAAACAGGUGGCCAGGAGAGGCUGAUGAUGAUACUCAACAACUGAAUGAGCAGCCUGCUCUAGUUGGACUUUUUUUAAGCAGGGAGGUGGUCCAGAUGACUUCCUGAUAACCCUUCCAACCUAAAUUAUUCUGAUGUUCUAUGGGCAGGUAGAGAUGAUAUGUUUUGAACCAAGGAAUGGAACCAAACUGUUCACCAGCCCUAUUUCUAACAGGUUUUCAAUUUAAAAUCUGCUUGAGGAGAAAGAUGGAUAGCUGGUCAAAGAUACAGAGGGCUUUGCCUUUCGGUCCCUUAUUCUAACCCCGCCUUCAGUUAGUAGUAACUGAAAGUUGCCAGUCUCAGCUGGCUGGUCGGGUAGCUGACGUUUGAAGUAAAGUGGAAGAUGACAACAAAUUUAAUCUCUUCUUGUGGACUUGCACCCAAGUCAUCAUUAGCACGGUAUCUCAAGUAGCUUGAGAGAGUGAACCUCCUGCUGAUUUUCCAAGGGCAUGGUCAGCCUGCUUUGAUGAAAAGGAGUGUGGAAGCAGAUGGGGAAAAACUUGACUUGCUUCAGCCCAUCUUGCACCAUUCAGUGAACAGACAACUCUGGUUUCUGAGACUGCUCAUCCCCCAUGCCUUUCACCAGCAGUAUUGAAAGAGCCAUGGUGCUGCUGUGAGGCAGUGACUAAUGACCAGUUUAAAGCAGUUAUGGCUGAGUAAGGCACAUGUGGGUUGCUUGGACCGAUUCCCCUUCCUUCCAGGCACAUAUUUGGUGUUUGGUUUUCUGCUCCUCUAGAA